GUGCUCAAACGCCCUCAUGGUGUCGCUGUUCAGAGACAGCAGAGCCGGUUGGUCGAUGCUCAUUGGAUAACAGCCCAUACAUCACCUCCGCUUCCCUUCCCUCUCUCUCUUCGACCACCGCCAUAGUGGGGAAAGGACUGUGGACAAAAUGUCGUCCCACAAGACUUUCAGGAUCAAGCGUUUUCUCGCUAAGAAGCAGAAGCAGAACCGGCCGAUCCCCCAGUGGAUCAGGAUGAAGACUGGCAACAAGAUCAGGUACAACUCCAAGAGGAGACACUGGAGGAGGACCAAGCUCGGCCUGUAAACCUGUGGCUCCUGUGGAUCUCCAGCAUCCUCCCCAUCGUCCACCUGAAGGACCACCAUCUGCUGGGCCUGACCCGGGGACGGAGCGGUGUUACCUGGAACAGCAGUCUUUUUGUACAGAUGCUCUGGUUAUGCUCGUGUUUGACAAUAAAACAUUUGUGAUCAAACCAGUAAA